UGAACGGGUCGGAGGAUCAGUUAGGGUAAUUUUUGCUGAGGAUCAUUGCACAUGCCGAGUGGACCACUGCAUCAAAGCUUUCCAACUGGGACUUUCAUUUUCGACUCCAUAUUAGACAGCGGUUCCCCUCCACGGGGCGUUCUGUAAAGAAUGAACUUGAUCCCACUCUGCUUGGCCCCCGCCCCUACUGUUCCUGGGGAAUAAUAUCACUUCAGAAUGAAUUUGCGUCGGAUACUGCUUCUGGCCUCAGUAACGCUGGCAGCUGGGGCUGCGGCUGCAAGUUCAGAAUCAGAAGAUACAUUACCUGAGUGCGCGGUAACCUGCCAGAGCCAGUUAAUCGCCGAUAAUUCGACGUCAUGCGCAUCUACCGAUACAACAUGCCUUUGCGGCGACGCUACAUUUCAGAGUAACAUGACCGAUUGUGUUUCAACAAGCUGUACUCCAAAACAGACCCUCCUCACCACCCGACUCAGUAAUCGCCAAUGCGGCAUAGCUCCCCAUAAGGGACGUCCGGAACUGGAUUCAGCCACACUCGUUCCUCUCAUUUUUUCUACGCUUCUUUUCGCCAACAGAAUUGCUGCUAAAUUCAUGGGCCUUGGUGGUGGCUGGGGUCCAGACGAUUACACGAUUAUCGUGGCAUAUGGCCUGGCGGUAGCCAUAUUCGGCGUCAAUGCAACGAUGAUCCAUUAUGGCUUUGGGCAGAACAUGUGGGACAUAACUCCACUGGACAACAUCACAAUAGUGCUCAAGUACUUCUUUGCCUUUGUUAUAUUAUAUAAGACGCAGAUUUCGCUGGCGAAAAUCUCCGUGUGUCUGUUCUUAUUGAGAAUCUUCCAGUCGAAACUGUUCCGCUAUGGAGCGUACACGAUCAUCGGAUUGAAUGCUGCGAUCGGAAUCACCUGGGUGUUUACUGAUUCCUUGCGGUGUAUCCCGGUUCACCUGUCCUGGGAUCAAUGGGCGACUGGCGAGCAAGGGACGUGUGUCAACUUCAUCGCGGUUACAUUCGUCAACGCCUACGUCAAUAUCGGGGUGGAUACGGUCAUGGUGCUCAUGCCAGUCUACGAGGUUUUUAAGCUGAACUUGUCUGCGCGCAAAAAGGCCGGUGUCAGCGUUAUGUUCGCAAUGGGUCUUGUUCUGACCGGUGUUGCAAUUGCCCGAGUGAUUGUCUUCUGGUUCAACCGCUGGAAUACCAACCCUACUGUCCAACUUCAACCGAUCGUGCACUGGUCGGUCAUCGAAGUCCACAUCGCUGUUAUGUGCGCCUGUCUCCCAACAUUCCGAGCGAUGCUUGUGCAUAUUUUCCCCAAAGUGCUCGGCAAUUCCAGUGACCAGUCCUACUACGAACAGAGGAACACGCCCAGCAAACCGCCCACAUUCGGCUCCGCCCAAGCGCUCAGCAAAAGCCAUAUUAACAAGACGGUUUCCUACUCGGUCGACUACGGGGCGAAUAAGAGGCCCCAGAGACACAGUUUCGUGCCGCUGGUUGAAAUGGAUCCACACGACCAUUGACUUUGGGCGGGGAAUUCGGUCUCAGCCGAAAUUACCUGGGAGUUGUGUUCUUGCCUUCUCCGUACAUUUUUAGAUUUCCUUUGUUCAUUACCUAUCUAUUCAUGUAUUUAUUAUAAUACGGGGAGGGGGAAGAAGCUCC